GACCGUUCCUGGACUCGUCUGGAGCGGCCCAGUGCAGGUGAGAUCUUGAAGCCUGAAACUGCGGCCGCAGGUGAUGGAUCGCUGCGUGCACGCUUCAACACUCGGUUCAGGUUCUUUGGGCGCGUGGCUGGCCCGCAUGAGCAGGGUCCAGCGGGCACUGCAGAUGAGAAAGAAGCGAACCCCGAGGAAGAUCUGAUCGCACCGAUGAAGCUGCUUCUUUACGCCAUCUGCUUUGUGGCUGGCGCGACCCAACCUAUCCUGCUGGUGCAUGUGGUGAAGCUUCUGUUCAAGACGAUCGUGGAGGUGGUUGGCUGGGCAGCCUGCGCCAUGACUGCCAUGGUUACGCUGAUGCUGCCGCUGCCCACAGCGCCGAAGAGGACACCGAUGAAGCUGGCCUACCCUUUGGCGGCCGGCUUGGGGUGGUUUGCAGCCUUUUUCGUCAGCAUCACGCCGAACGUUUGGAGUGCCAUCGUGGUUCCAUGUGGGCUGGCCUACGCCUACUUUGUGAUUGCAGAGGAGGAGUCGGAGUCUGUCUCCUGGUGGUGGACCCGUGAAGAUGCAGUCCGCAUCCUGAGCAUCCUCGAGAAAGUGGCAGACUUUAAUGUUUUGCGUGCCGCUGUCGGCAGCACUGCCACCGUCCUGAUGGGUGGCUUCGCGCAGAUGUGGAUGGCUUCGAAGGUCUUGAACGUCUUGGGCGAGGUGCUGCGAGGCGGUGCAACGCGCGCGCUCUGCACCCUGAGUGCAGUGUCAGGCAUGGUCACAGCUUGCUUCCUGCACAC